AUGCUCAAGAUGAUUCGUAGCCUCGAGGCCGGGGAGCUGAGCUUUUCGAAAACCCAAAAAUGGUGCUCAACCGCACAGAGGAAAAUCCGGUUCAUCGAUGAAACAUACGACAUCAGCAGCCUCUACGACGAGAGGUCGAGCCCAGAAGAUGCUCAGUCGUCAAGGAACGUAGGAGAGAGCCCAAACUCUACAGAAGAACCUGCUACUCUGGUAUCUCCCACCAAUGGUUUCCAGGCUAUCGAACGAGACAAUCGGACCCUCCCUCCUCCUAUCAAUGAAGUUUCACUCAACGUGCCGGUCUUACCAGAACCGUUGCCAGGCUUUCACUAUGACACGCCUUCCAGCACCGGUCCUCAGGUCGUCCCUGGACUGCAGGAGAUGAUCGAGUUUGGAUACUAUUCUCCUCCAGACUUGCGCAUACCCCAAAGCAGCUAUUUGCAUCCCUUUCAAACAGCCGAUCGACAAGCCACUGGAGCAAAGAUCAAUCCUCUGCUUAUUGGUCAACCGCCUGCUUUGCAGUGGUGCGACAAGCAAGAUGUCGCAUUGGUGCGCCACUUCGUAGAUGUCAUUGCUCCAAUAUUUGAUCAUGGUGGUCAACGGAAGAGCUUUGCAACCACGAUGCCGCAACUGGCCACGGUCCACCAACCCCUUCUCAGAGCCAUUUCAUCAAUCGCAGCCAUAAGCCUCAACAUCCUAGGAAUACCACACGCUGUUGAUCCCAGACAGCUGCGCUCGGACAGCUACAGUGACCUUGGUGUGAUAGCAUCAGAAGCUGUUGAAGCGAUGGAUGAUCAACAAUUCUACACCGUCAGCUUUCUCAAGAUUUUUGACAAUCUCGAUCGCAGUGUUGAUCCAGGGCGAUCUCUCAAUGAUCCCUUUGGUGGAAUGCAAGGCCAGCAAGCCAUGUAUCUCGGUCAGAUUACACUAGCAGAACAGCUCCGACAGGAUAUGAGCUGGGCAUCGCUACGUGUACAGCUCUAUUUCGCCGUAAUCAACCAGGAGCCCUGUUCUGUACUGCUCACUCUCGGCACCAACGAGUAUAUCUUUGAACAUGAGGAUAAUGACUCCCAGUGGGCGCGGAAGAUGGUCUUACAUCUCCAUAAUGUCGUCAGCUACUGCUUUGGGGACGACAAGGAUGGCGCUACUUACAAUGAGCUUGUGUCCUAUGCGCAAGAGUGGGCAAAGUUGAAACCCAUCUCGUUCGACCCAAUUUUUACAGGAGACGCGGAUGGAGAUGAUGUUUUUCCUGCUAUAUUCUUGCUCAACGACGCUGUGGCAGUCGGGUGGCAAAUGUAUCAUCUAUCGCGCAUAUUAAUGGUGGCUCAUGAUCACAAUCGACCGAUGUUGGGACCCAGUGGCGCUCUUGUCAGGCGCUCGAUCGAUAAAUCUCUUCGAAAAGAUGCAGAAAUCGUGUGCGGCAUUGCGAAUUCGAUCGGCGGCGUGAAUCCAGCAUACUUAGCGGCUUGUAUGGCCAUAUCGUUGACGGGGCAUCUUUUCACAAAGAAUUCGGAGCAGAAGGCACUGCUUGACAUUCUCGUACAAACCGAGAAGCAAUUCGGAUGGCCGACCUCGACAAUUCAAAGCCAUGUCCGGGAGACUUGGGAGUGUUAG